AUGGCUCCAGUCACACCAAGCACUAAGGGUCAGAUCAUAGCAUAUGCAAGAGGAGCUGGAUUGCCAAAGCCAGGUCGCUGGAUAGCUCGGGAGAUGGGUUUGGCGGAAUCAACUCCCCUAUGGGGUUGCAAGUUCAUCAGGUCCAUCAAAGCCGACCCCAAAGGCAAACUCGACGUAUUUGCAACCUCCGCAGAUAUUUCCCCUUCCACUGCUCGCCGAGUCGCUUCCAAACAUGGCUAUCACUCCCGUAUUGCUCGAACAAAAUGUAUGAUUUCCGCUGUCAAUUGUAAAAAGCGUAUGGCGUAUGCCAGGGAGAAUGCCAAAAUCAACGACAAACGUGUAAUGUACACCGACGAAGCCUGUUUCUAUGUUGGCGACACUGGUCAAACUCGUGUCAUCCGUCAGCCUGGUACCGAGUACGAUCCAAAGCAUCUAGCAGUGAGGUUCCAACAUGGAAAGACUUUACACGUAUGGGGAGCAAUCAUGUACGGUGUUAAGCUUCCUCUUGUUCGAUUUGAAUUGGCACCAGCUAGGACAGAAAAGGGGAAGAGGAUUCCUGCGGAAACAAUCACUUCGAAGGUGUAUGCUAGACAGAUACUGUGGGGUCCGCUGCAGGAUUAUGUAAACCAGGCAAGGGCUAGGGGGAUCGAGGAUGUUCUUGUGGUGGAAGAUGGAGCCUCGGUACACUUCAAGGGACCCGCUGCAGCCAUUCGAUCACUUGUCAAUAUUCCCAAUCUCUCCCACCCUCCCUCUUCUCCGGAUCUUAACCCUAUUGAAGGCUGCUGGGGGAUUGUAAAGGCGGGUUUGAGAAGGAUGGAUAGGCGUCCCACUAGUGUAGAAUGA